CCAUUCCAUGGGUAUUACCAUGCCCGUGGGGUUGGCAGUUCUUAAAGUUUAACAAGUCUGCAAAUAACUACAGAACACAAUAGAGCCCCCCUCCCUUCCUCCCUCUCUCUCUCUCUCUCUCUCUCUCUCCUCUCUCUUUCUUUUCCUGCUUCCAAACGCCUUCUUCGAGGCUGAAGCUGGGCAGGUCUCCAAAGGAGCAGCAGCCACAACAAUCCAGCAGUUCAAAGUCAGGCAGCAAUUGCACAACUACCAGCAACUCUCUGAGCCUGCUGCUAAUGAGCUGAAAGCCAGGACCGUCUGAGGAGGUGAAGAGGAAGCUUCCAGCCCUCCUCCUUCCAAUUCGAAAUCCAGAUAUCUCCACCCCCCACCCCAGAUAACUCUGAGAUAGGGUCCUUGCUAUUCGCUUGCCUGGGGGACCAUGGCUCCCUUUGGAAGAAAUUUGCUGAAGACUCGGCAUAAAAACAGAUCUCCCACUAAAGACAUGGAUUCAGAAGAGAAGGAAAUUGUGGUUUGGGUUUGCCAAGAAGAGAAAAUUGUCUGUGGGCUAACUAAACGCACCACCUCUGCUGAUGUCAUCCAGGCUUUGCUUGAGGAACAUGAGACUACAUUUGGAGAGAAACGAUUUCUGCUGGGGAAGCCCAGUGAUUACUGCAUCAUAGAAAAGUGGAGAGGCUCAGAACGGGCUCUUCCUCCACUCACUAGAAUCCUGAAGCUUUGGAAAGCUUGGGGAGAGGAGCAGCCCAAUAUGCAAUUUGUUUUGGUUAAAGCAGAUGCUUUCCUUCCAGUUCCACUGUGGCGAACAGCAGAAGCCAAAUUAGUGCAAAACACAGAAAAAGUGUGGGAACUCAGUCCAGCAAAUUACAUGAAGACGUUACCACCAGAUAAGCAAAAGAGAAUAGUCAGAAAAACUUUCCGGAAACUGGCUAAAAUUAAGCAGGACACUGUGUCCCAUGAUCGAGAUAGUAUGGAGACAUUAGUUCAUCUGAUUAUUUCCCAGGACCAUACUAUUCAUCAGCAAGUCAAGAGAAUGAAAGAGCUGGAUCUGGAAAUUGAAAAGUGUGAAGCGAAGUUCCAUCUCGAUAGGGUAGAAAAUGAUGGAGAAAAUUAUGUCCAGGACGCAUAUUUAAUGCCCAGUUUCAGCGAAGUCAAGCAAAAACUGGACUUGCAUUCGGAUGAAAACCAGAUUCCGGACGACCUGACCGAAAGCGAUGGAAUUGUACACCUGGAGGAGCAAUUAGCAUAUUACAGAAUGCUCAUUGAUAAGCUUUCCGCUGAAAUAGAGAAAGAGGUAAAAAGUGUUUGCACAGAGAUAAAUGAAGAUGCAGAAGGGGCAGCUGCGAGUGAACUUGAAAGCUCUAAUUUAGAAAAUGUUAAGUGUGAUUUGGAGAAAAGCAUGAAAGCCGGUUUGAAAAUCCACUCUCACUUGAGUGGCAUCCAGAAGGAGAUUAAAUACACUGACUCAUUGCUUCAGAUGAAAGCAAAAGAGUAUGAAUUCUUGGCCAAGGAGUUCAGUUCACUUCAUCUUAACAACAAAGAUGGAUGCCAACUGAAGGAAAACAGAGGGAAGGAAUCUGAGGUCCCCGACAGCGGUGGGGACGGUCCUUCCCUUACUCCGAGAGCACUUAACUUGUAUACAAAUGACACAGACUCAGACACUGGUAUCAGCUCUAACCAUAGUCAGGACUCAGAAACAGCUGUAGGAGACGUGCUGCUUCUGUCAACGUAAUUUGAAUGGCUUCUUUCUGAGCUACUGCAACGUUGUUCACGGUUGUUUAAUAGGAAACCUUAUUUUAAACAUCACGUUCCGAAAAAUGAUGUAAUUCAUGUUAAGUAUUCGGAAGUUAAUAAAAGCUAGAGAAAUUUGUAAGUUUAUUUUUGACUUAAGAUUUCCAAAGUGACCUCAUGAUUACAAGUUUAGACGAUGAGCUGUUUAUUAGGAAUGCAACACAAAUAGCGUGCAGGUGUAUAACAGAAAUGAUUUGAUGGGAAUUAUAAUAUUUUAUAGCUUCUGCAGGAAAUGAUUUAUACAAACAAAACUAAUUCUUAAUAGUGCAGUCAGUAUAUUGAAACUGUACACAUGGACAGUUAAAA